UGACAGUGGCCUGCCCGUCAGACUCACCAUCCCCUUGCCAUAUGUAUAUACACAUCCAUCUUUUAAUCCCCGACCAAACCAAAUGCACACCCUGAGUAUCCCUCCCCCCCAAAAUCACAUGCCAUGACCCCUAUGUCUAUGCCCUCAAGCUUUAAAAAUCGGCACCACCACCUCCCCUCCCUUCGGACACGUCCCCUCCGCAACCACGGCCGGCGGACAUUGCAUGCGGGCGUACGGCUUGUGCGUGCUACUGUCUUUCGUCCAACAUGUGUACACGCCUGUCAAAUAUUUCUUCCCGUUGCACAUCAACACCGCCAUGCCCGGGCCCCCGAAAGCCGUUUCCAAAUCGGGGAGAGGAAGGGAGGGAGGG